AAACGCUACGUCCAGAUGAACAGAAUCAACUUUUGGAGAUAAAAAACAAUAUCUUCGACAUGGAGCUGUGAUGAACGCUCCUGUCUGUACCUGUAUCAUCUUCUUGUAUUAGAGUUUAAACUGAGUCAUGCUUGGACAUUAUUUUACAGCACGUAUGGUUACAGAAAACCUUUUUCUGCUAGUUUGCUGCAUCUUUAGAUUUAAUGUAACCAUCAGUGAAACUUUGCACCAUAUAUCACACAUGCUGCUCCACAAGAUUGAAGAAUUUUAAAGUUCUUGACUGAAUAAUUCAGUUGUUGUAAUGAACUUUUGUAGCACCAAAAACAGCAAAGAAUCCAAAGUGAUGUUUGAUCUAUCAUCUGCUUUGCUCUGGAUAAAACUUGAAAGUUUUCAGACAGUCUGUAUAUGAUUCAUGUGAAAUACUGUCACAGCCAGGAUUUUAAUCUUAUGCAUUCUGUGUAAUCUAUAAUCUCCCUGUAAUCUGUAUAGUUUGACGUCAACAUUCUCAUUUAGGGUUUAUCAUAUAUGGGCCAGACCUGAAAUCAAAGUAAACACAGACAUGAGAUAUUUAACAGUAAAGAUUAAAGACAGCAAAUCAGGGUUUCAGUUAAGGUUUACAGGUUUAUUACCUUCUCAUAGUUUUGUGCUCCAGUGUGACUUUCUUGUGGUUUUAUUGGUUUUAUUUCAUGUCUCUGUAUACCUUGGAUGUAAAAGCCUGCCGGGGAUAACAGCAGCUCUAACUUCUGCCACACAGGUUCAACAUCAACCUGCUCACUGAGCACAAAUCCACUCUGGAAACUUCGACAGCUCUGACGGUAAGGCAGGGCGGGGCUCUGCAGGUGAGCCGCUGCUGCUGGGUGGUGCUGUGGGAUAUCGGACUGUCGGCACACGAGUUACCAAGCAAGAAAUUCACGAUCAUUUUAUUCUUGUGAAGUCCAUGAAAGAAAGCAGUUUACAAAGGUGCACCAAUCAGAGAGAGGCAGAGGAUAGAGCUAGCACUGUGUCAAUGAGUGACACCAGAGCUGCUCCGUUUAAGCACUGAGCUGAAGCAUGAAAAGGAUCACAGACACUCACUAACACUCAGACAAUCACUGACAGUCACUGACUAUCACUCCCUCCAGCCAGUACACGACACCACGGUUCUUCAUUCACAGACGGAUUUAUUCUUCUGCCACACUUCUCCUCCAAACCACCGUCAAACUGUCAUUACAUUAAAGUACAGAAUGACCAAAGAUAAAUAUUACAAAUAAACAUUUAAACCAAAGUUAAGAAAUGCGCGAUAAACAAACACAGUUAACAUACCUCGCUGGCUGCACAGAACUGAGAGGGAAUGAGUCCGCUUCAGGAACAAAAACUUAACAAAAAUGAUUCCCAAUUUCUUCUUAUUCUUUACAGCUUUCUUUUCUUCUUCUUCUUAAAUGUUAUUGGCGGUUGGCAAACUACAGCUUUCUUUUACUUUAAACAAACUGACAUCAUUUACAUUUAUGGCAGUUAAACUAACAGUCACUGACACUCAGACAUCUCAUUUCAUGUUUCCAGCCACAAAGCUGUGAUGCUGUAUUUGCAUUAUUUUCCAAUGAGGCGCUCCAUGAACUGAUCCCAAUUUAGACAGACAGAGCAUCAUAAUACACUGUUAAUAAACUUUCAUUGUAAAAAGGGAACAGCUGAUAUUUUAAAGUUUGAUUUCAUGUUUAAUAGGUAAACAGAGACCAAUAAAACAGUUGUACCACAAGAGCCUACAAUACUAUCUGACGUGAUGACAUCAGAGGACCUCUUAAACACGCUGGAAGAUUUGGGAGAUGAAGAGUUUGAUAAAUUCAAGUGGUUCCUGCAGCAGGGUGAUAUCCUUCGGGGGCGCCCUGUCAUCAGAAAGAGCCGUCUGGAGACGUCAAAGCGACUGGAAACUGUGGACCUGAUGACACAAACCUACGAACUCCGAGGAGCUUUGGAGGUGACCAAGGUGGUUUUAGAGAGAAUUAACAGAAAUGACCUGCUGCAGAGUUUUUCUGUCAGCAGCCCAACAACUGAAGUGCACAUCAAUGGUGGGAAGACCUCAAAGAAGAAAGGGGAUGAUGAAGAUGGUGGGAAGACCUCAAAGAAGAAAGGGGAUGAUGAAGAUGGUGGGAAGACCUCAAAGAAGAAAGGGGAUGAUGAAGAUGGUGGGAAGACCUCAAAGAAGAAAGGGGAUGACAAUGAUGGUGGGAAAACCACAAAAAAGAAAGAUGAUGAUGACAAUGGUGGUAAGACUUCAAAGAAAAAAGCGGAUGAUGAAGAUGGUGGGAAGACCUCAAAGAAGAAAGGGGAUGAUGAAGAUGGUGGGAAGACCUCAAAGAAGAAAGAUGAUGAUGACAGUGAUGGGAAGACUUCAAAGGAAAAAGUGGAUGAUGAAGAUGGUGGGAAGACUACGCAGAAGAAAGGAGAUGACGGCAGUGUUGGGAAGGCUAAAAAGAAGAAAGGACUUUUCUCCUCUAAGACUCAAGCUCCCACUUCUGACACCGAUGAUAUGGUGGUUCCAGUACCAGAGCCACAUCCCAUCACAUUUUACCAGCAGAUGCUUCAAUCAAACUUCCAGGAUAAAUUUUUGGGUGCAGAAGAAGAGUGGGCAAAAGACACACAGCAUCUGGCUGAUAUCUACACAGAGCUGUACAUCACAGCCAGGUCUGGCGCACAUUUCCACACACAGCAUGAGGUCCGAACGUUAGAAAAGGCAUGGAAGCCAGCAGAAGCAGAGAAAUCAAUUCAACCCACAGACAUGUUUGAACAUCCUUCUGGAGAAUCCAAACCCAUCAAAACAGUGAUGACCAAUGGAAUCGCAGGAAUUGGAAAAACUUUCCUUGUCCAGAAGUUUGUUUUGGACUGGGCUGAAAAAAGAUCCAAUCAAGAUGUGCAUCUGAUUUUCCCCUUCACCUUCCGUCAGCUGAAUCCACUGAAGGGAGAAAAGUUCAGUUUGGCAGAGCUCAUUCAUGAAUGCAUCCCAGAAACUGUAGGCAUCCCACAGGACGCUCUGAAUUACAUCUUUACAGAUGUUCAGUCAUCAGGAAUCACCAACUAUGACAAGAGUAAAUUCAAACUUCUGUUUGUGUUUGAUGGGCUGGAUGAGAGCCGCCUUCAUCUCGACCUUCAUUCUGAAGACAUUCGCUCUGUCGAUGUAACAAAGGCAACAGAAACAGAUGUCUUGCUGAGGAAACUCAUCAAUGGGAAACUGCUAUGCUCUGCUCGGAUCUGGAUAACCACACGGCCUGCAGCAGCCAAUCAGAUCCCUCAAGAGUUUAUAAACAGCAUCACAGAGGUCAGAGGGUUCACAGAGCCCCGGAAGGAGGAGUUUUUCAGGAAGAGAUUCAAAGAUGAGGAACAGGCCAACAGGAUUGUCUCCCACAUCAAAACAUCACGAAGUCUCCUUAUCAUGUGUAACAUCCCAGUCUUCUGCUGGAUCACUGCGACAGUUCUGGAAGAUGUGUUGAAAACCAGAGAGGGAGGAGAGCUGCCCAGGACUCUGACUGAGAUGUAUGCAGAGUUCCUGGUGUUUCAGAUUGAUCACACCAAAGAAAAGUAUGGCCCAGAGAAGAGCAUUCAAUACAUUAAGUCAUUAGCAAAACUGGCCUUUGAGCAGCUGGAAAAGGGCAACCUGAUCUUCUAUGAGAAGGAUCUGAGAGAGAGCGGCAUUGAUUUCGUCUCAGCACGUGGAGGAGUUUCCACACAGAUCUUUAAAGAGGAGCAAGGGAGGAAAGGGAAAGACAAGAUGUUCAGCUUCGUCCAUCUGAGUGUUCAGGAUUUUCUGGCUGCUUUUUAUGUGAAGAUGUCUCUAAUAAACAGCAACAAAAAUGUGAUGCCUUUACCACCACUGUCUCUGAAAAACCUUCGACUCCUUUUAAGCAAAACAUCUUUGAAGAAGAUUCACAGGAUUUCCAUUGACAGGACCUUAAAGAGUCCAAAUGGAAGCCUGGAUUUGUUCCUUCGCUUCCUUCUGGGUCUUUCACUGCAGACCAAUCAGGAGAAACUACAGAACCUGUUGAUCAAGACGGACAAUAACCCUCUGGCCAAUCAGAAAACAGCCCAGUACAUCAAGAAGAAGCUCAGUGAGAGUCUGUCUCCAGAGAGAAGCAUCAAUCUGUUCCACUGUCUGAAUGAGCUAAAUGAUUCUUCUCUAGUGGAGGAGAUCCAACAGUCCCUGAGAUCAGGAAGGCUCUCCACAGAAAAACUCUCUCUUGCUCAGUGGUCAGCUCUGGUCUUCAUCUUACUGUCAUCUGAAGAAGAUUUGGACGUGUUUGAUCUGAAGAAAUACUCAGUUUUUGCUUCAGAGGAUGCUUUUCUGAGACUGCUACCAAUAACAAAGGAAGCCAGCAAAGUUCUACUGAGUGCAUGCAAUCUGUCAAAGAGAAGUUGUUCAGCUCUAUCCUCAGUUCUCAGCUCUCAGCCAUCAAGCCUGCGAGAACUGGACCUGAGUAACAACGACCUGCAGGAUUCAGGAGUGAAGCUGUUGUCUAUUGGGCUGGGGAGUCCAAGCUGUAGACUGGAGAAACUCAACCUGUCAGGCUGUAUGAUCUCAGGGAAGGGCUGUACUUCUCUAGCCACAGCUUUGAGAGCCAACCCCUACCAUCUGAGUGAGCUGGACCUGAGCUACAACCAUCCAGGAGACACCGCCACCAAGCUGCUUUCUGCUGGAGUGGAGCAUCAACACUGGAAGCUUAAAACUCUCAGGCUGGAGCAUGGUGGAGAGCAGAGGAUGAAACCUGGUUUGAAGAAAUAUUUCUGCGAACUCACACUGGACACAAACACAGCCAACAGAAAUCUCAAGCUGUCCGACAACAACAGGAAGGUGACAGCAAUGUCAACGCAGCAGCCUUAUGCUCAGCACGCAGAGAGGUUCAACAUCUGCCUUCAGCUACUGUGUAAGCACGGUGUGACUGGUCGCUGUUACUGGGAGGUGGAGUGGAAAGGAGUGGUGGAUAUCGCAGUCAGUUAUAGAGGAAUCAGAAGGAGGGGAGACAGUGUCGACUGCAAGUUUGGAUGCAACCGUCAGUCGUGGAGUCUGAUGUGCUCUGAUGUUGAUCGCUACUCUGUGUGGCACAACAACACAGGGAAAGACAUCUCCUCCUCCUCCUUCUCCUCUGUCUCUAACAGAGCAGGAGUGUAUGUGGACUGGCCUGCGGGCACUCUGUCCUUCUACAGAAUCUGCUCUGGCUCAAAGACCCUCCUCCACACCUUCCACACCACAUUCACUGAACCUCUUUAUCCUGGGUUUGGGUUCUGCACAUUGUCGUUUGGUUCUUCUGUGUUUCUGAGUUCUCUGUAGAAACGAGAGUCUGGGCUUAUGUCGAAAAACGACUUGAUGUUUGACUCACUUUGAUGUGAAAUCAGUGCCUUUAUGCUCCGGACGGCUGAAUAUGUAGGCGUGUUCUUGUUAUCGUUGUUUCUCACUGACGUGUCUUUGAACUUGUGUUUUUUUGCUACGUUUAUAUGUUUUUGUAAAUCAGACCGGGUUCAUAAAUAACUUCCAUCUUCUGGACACAGCUGGUCUUUGUGCUCACGAGCAACACCACCUACUGAUCCACCUGUGGACCCUCGUGCCCUGACCUGUUGUUACCAAAGAGACCACUGUAGACUUUUUCACACUGGUUCAGAUUCCCGGACCACAGCUGACCUUUGAACCUGCUGAUGUCCAGCAGGAUGCCUAUUAUUGUGCAUAAAUGGACACACUGUGACAUCGUCAUCACAUGAUAGUAAUCAGGCUUAAGACGGCUUGUAAGGAAGCAUUUAAUAUUUCAAUUUUUAUUUAUACAGCGCCAAAUCACAACAACAGUCGCCUCAAGGUGCUUUAUACUGUAAGGUAGACCCUACAAUAAUACA